CGGCAUUGAGACAGCCAGAUGUUUCUUGACGGCUAUGUCAUGCAAGGGAACCCUGACUGUGUGCCUACGCAGUACUAUCACUAGAGUCUGCACGGCCGCUGCAUGGGGCGCUGGGCGGAGAGGGUGGUCAUCAAGCGGGGUUAUCCCGCACCCAAUGUCCAUGUUCCUUAUCGCGGCAUCGUUAGUUGGCAGAAGCGGCGGCCGGGUAGAAUUGACAAAACGGGUUAGACUCAGCCACGCCGCAGUUGUUUGAGUUCAUGCCGUAUGAUUUAUCCGCUUCCGGGCAUGGU